AUGGUGCUCCCACUUUCGUUGCUUCGUACUGCUCAAAAUCAUCCAAUGCUAAUCGAACUGAAGAAUGGAGAAACAUACAACGGUCAUUUGCAAUCUUGUGACUCUUGGAUGAAUAUUCACUUAAGGGAUGUGAUUUUUACCUCAAAGGAUGGUGAUAAAUUCUUCAAAAUGCCAGAGGUUUACAUUCGAGGAUCAACUGUAAAGUAUCUUCGCAUACCUGAAACGGUA